UCACAGAGUGAUCGUCAGUAGGCGGACGGAUUUGGUGUUCUCAAUAGUUUCUUAUAUAACCCUUUCACGGGAUAUUUAGCCAUUUUGCAACUACAGAUGAAUAUGUGAUCAUUGUUUUCAGUCAUGAGGACCUUGCUGUUGAUUAUAUUCUCUAAAUUACUUACUGCUCAGCCGUCACCCAUAAUUAGUGUUACAUGUGAGGAAUCAGAAGAUGAGAUACCACCGGAAUGGAUAGAGAUUCCUCAGGCCUGUCCUUCUCUUCUGCUCGCACUCAAAGUUGCUGUUCUGCCUGAAGACUUUGGGGCUAUUCAGCUGAACAUAAGUUGGGCCAUCAACAUCGACAAAAGCAUUUACUAUCUCACAGGAACUUGGAUCGAUAUAGAUGGUGAUACAUACCGCUGUCAGUAUGAACCACCUUUCGAAGAAGUUGACCUCAGGGGUCUCGAACAGCUGUGGUUCUAUUACCUUGCACCUGCAAAACCAGGGAUCCAUAAGAUCAUCACUGCUUACAAUCUUCCGAUUCCGGCAGAGGGCGAAUUUUCUAAGUUUACGACAUGUAAUGUACCGUAUGCGACAUCAAAUGACGACACAGCUGAGUUGGCCUGGCCUACUUCAAACCCCACUGUGAUGCCCAUAUCUGUUACCACCCGUAAUGAUGAUGAGGUGAAACCAGCAAGCCUUCUAAUAGUCUAUCUUGGAUGCUUAGCUGGGCUCGUGGCACUGGUGGCUUGCUCGCUCACUCUGUAUCAAAUGUAUGGAAGGCACUCAAAUUCCCACUUCACUGAGCUGCCGAAGGCAACUGAGGUCACUGUGUCGGUGCUGGUGGUGUACCCUGCAGAAAACCCUGUCUUCCAGAGAGCUGUGCUAGCUUUUGCUGAGUUCCUCCAGUGGCAUGGUGACUGCCAGGUGGCUAUCGACAUGUGGCAGCGUGGCAGGCUGGCAGAGCAGGGCCCGAUUCGCUGGCUAGCAGAUCAAGCCAAAUCCGUAGCCAGGGUGAUGGUGGUAAGCCCGCAGCCCAACCACUGCCACACUGGCCCAGGGGAACACACAGUACCAGCCGCGGCUCAUGACCUGUUUCCUCUGGUGCUCAACAUGGUGGCAAGCUACGCUCAGUGCCCCAAUGAGCUGGCCAAGUUCUGGUUGGUGCACCUAGGCAAGGCCCCGGAGAGGAGCGGCCUACCUGUGGAAUUGACAUCCUGUAGGGAAUUUAGUCUGAACAGGGACUUGGAGAAACUGUGUAGACACUUGCAUCAGCAGGGCCCCAAAAGACCAGGGUUAAUGUUCAGAUCAGGGUUGGCCUAUGGGGAGAAGGCGACAGGGAAGCUGAAAGAGGCUGUGCAGCAGUUAGAGGCAUGGCAAUGCUCUCAGCCAGGAGGUGCAGGGGAGGCAGCUCCUUUGACCAAAUUGAUGGCUAGACUGUAAGAACCUGAUGAUGCUGGUGUGAUGACAAAUCCAGAGCUUAAAUAGUCAUAUGAAAAUAAUCUAAGUAAAAACUCUCUUUUGACCACUUGUAGAACAGUGGGACUGCAAAAAUGAGGGCAUGCUAACUUUUCUCACUUAGCUUUAAGAUUGCUUUUUAAAUAGUUUAAUAUGUUAUUUUUCAUCAAAUGUUUCUGUUUUGGAAAUGAAACAAAUAUUCUAUGGUGUUGACAUUUUUUAUAUACUUAUUGAAUGUUUUGUUUAUGUAAAUAAAUACUUGAAUCUAAUUGAAUCUAAAUGACAAUAAUUGACUAACUUCAAUGAGUAUACAAUAUUACACUGUAUUUUCCUUUAUAAAGCUCUGUAGUACCACAUUUUGUAUAAGAUCUGUCACGCCCUGGUCUAAGUAUUUUGUGUUUUUCUUCAUGUAUUGGGUCAGGCCAGGGUGUGGCAUGGGGUUUUUGUAUUGUGGUGUGUUUUGUCUUGGGGUUUUGGUGUGUAUGUAUUGGGAUUGUAGCUAGUGGGGUUAUCUAGCAAAGUCUAUGGCUGUCUGGAGUGGUUCUCAAUCAGAGGCAGGUGUUUAUCGUUGUCUCUGAUUGGGAACCAUAUUUAGGCAGCCAUAUUCUUUGAGUUUGUCGUGGGUGAUUGUCCUUAGUGUCCUCUAUGUUAGUUUGCACCAGUAUAGGCUGUUUUGGUUUUCGUUACGUUCUUUGUUUUGUAGUAUUUGUGUUGUACGUUGUUCAUUAAACAUGGAUCGCAAUC